AUGUUAAAAGAGAAACUGCAAGAAAUAAAGGAUUCAAAUACAAAUUUAUAUUAACAUUUGAAUAAUGUAUUAACAAAGAUCUUGCUGGAUAAUCCAAAAGUAUAAAUUAUUGAUGACUUAUUAAGAAUGCUUUUGAAUUAUUUGAAGAUUAUUCAUUUUAAGUAAAAUCAAAUGGAUUUACAUUUGAAAAAUAUAAUGAAUUUGAUAAUGCAGAAAGGACAAAANUAAGAAUGUAUUUUUAAACAUAGAUAUUACAGAAGAAAUGAUAAGCAUUGAGUAAAUCUAAUAAAUUGAAUUACUUUAUGAUUAUCAUGUAGAACAAAAUAUAUUAGUGAUAUCUUUUGGUAAAAAAUAUUUGUACUAUUUAAAAAUAAAGCCAUUUAUGUUUUCCAAAUAAUUUGAUUAAUGGAAUACUAAAAAAAUUAAAUUAAAUAUUUUUGAAUAAGAAAAGGAAAUAUUUAAGAAAAUUAUUUAUGAUCAUUAGGAUCAAAUUAUUUACAUAGUAUCAUUCAUUUCAAUUACAUUUAGUUAUCUGAAAGUGUUUAGUCAAAGUUCAAAAUGCAUUUAAUAGAUUUGAAAAACUUAGAGGAUAACUUCAACAAAAUUGAUAUGAUGAAAUUAAGAAUGCCGUAUUUCAAAUAUGGAAUCUAAGCUAUUGAUUUUCUCAUCCAAAAAAAUCAAAUAAAUAACAAUGUGAUUCUUUUUUUGCUGAGAAAUGGAGAUGUAGCAUGUAUUUAGCCAUUGUAGUAUGGAGAAGGAGUUCUAAAGAAGACAUUUAUAAUAGAAUUGUUAGAUAUCAUUUUAACACUAUCAUUUAUUGGAUUCUUUAGAUAUCUAAAACGAUUAUUACAAAAAAUAUAUUCAAAAAUUAUAUCUUGUUGUAGAAGAAUUUGA